AUGCCCCCUUUGGCACCAUCUCCAUCCCCCGGACUCAAUGUGAUUGCCCUGAUCUCCGGCGGAAAGGACUCGUUCUACUCGAUCCUGCACUGCAUCCGCAACGGGCACAAGGUAGUCGCCCUGGCGAAUCUGCACCCAGAACAAACGCCAGGCACAUCCAGUGAUCACAUCCCCGAACAGGGUGGCCACCAAGGCAUGGAUGAUGCCGAAGAAGACAUCGACAGCUUCAUGUACCAAACCAUCGGCCACAGCGUCAUCCCGCUCUACGAGUCGGCCUUGGGUAUCCCACUCUACCGAGCCCCCAUCACCGGCGGCGCCGUAGACACGUCCCGCAUAUACCGGCACGACGCGGCUGACCAGGCAGCCGAGCCUGUUGCCCACGCUGAUUCGACUGCAAAGGCAGACGAAACGGAGUCUUUGGUCCCGUUGCUCCGCCGCAUCAUCCAGGCCCACCCCGAGGCAAAUGCGGUCUCGGCAGGGGCGAUUCUUUCAACAUACCAACGCACCCGCAUUGAGAACGUCGCCGGCCGACUGGGGCUCGUGCCGCUUGCCUGGCUGUGGAUGUAUCCGUCGCUCCCGUCACCGGCUGAGCGGGACGCUGAUGCGAUGGCGGUGGGGCAGGCGGGGUUGCUAGAGGAUAUGGCCCAGUGCGGGUGCGAUGCGCGGAUUAUCAAGGUUGCAUCUGGUGGUCUUGAUGAUGGAUAUUUGUGGGAGAAUGUGUCGGGGCCUGCGAAUGCGGGACGAGCGCUGCGUAGACGUCUUGUGAAGGCUAUGAGUCGGUUUGCGGCGCCUGAAGAUAUCAAGGGUGCGGUGUUGGGUGAGGGUGGGGAGUACGAGACAUUGGUGUUGGAUGGACCUGGGUUCCUGUGGAAACAGCGCAUUGAGAUUGAUACGAGGGAUGUCGGGACUGGGGAGGGUGGUGUGGCUUUUAUGAAGUUGAAGGGAGCGAAGUGUGUACCCAAGUCUGGGGAUACGCAGGAGUUCGCGCCGAAGGAUGUGAGGAGACCGGCGCUGCUGGAUACGCCGUUCUCUACUAGACUGGGUGAAAUAUUGCCACUCUCUUCGGAUCAGACGAUGUCAACAUCCACCAGAGUGUCUACGCCGUCGCCGGCGUGGGCUAUCCGCGAACCACACCACUGCCAAUCUCGAUCCACAUGGACCAUCGCAAACCUCGUGGCACCAGAGGCAGGCCCCGGUGCCGGUGAACAGAUGGACGCAAUCGUCGCUCAAGUGCAGAAUGCCCUAUCAUCCCCUCCCAAUUCCACCUCCACCCCCCGCUCCACAGACGACAUCGUCUUCGCCACCGUUCUCCUACGCUCCAUGGCCGACUUCGCCCUCAUGAACAACGUCUACGUCUCCCUCUUCAAAAAGCCAAACCCACCCGCCCGUGUCACAGUCGCCUGUGGUGACACCCUCCCCGCCAACGUCAAAGUGAUGGUCUCCUUCGUGGUCGACCUCGGCGCGCGAGACCGGCGCCAAGGUUUGCACGUCCAGUCGCGGUCAUACUGGGCGCCAGCGAACAUCGGCCCGUAUUCCCAAGCAAUGUCGAUUCCAUUGCGAGCCAAGGGUAGGGUGAUUUACAUCGCGGGCCAGAUUCCGCUGGACCCAGCUUCUAUGGAGGUUGCCGCGCAGGGUGAAGCUUGGUUGGAGGGAUAUGCGCUUCGGGCUGUGUUGUCUCUUCAGCAUUUGUGGAGGAUCGGAGAGGCGAUGCAGGUUGAUUGGUGGCUUGGUGCUGUGGCUUUUGUAACGGGUGGUGAGCAUGUUGAGACACAGGUGCGGAUUGCAUGGGAUCUAUGGAAGAAGAUGCAUGCCCGGCCUGAUGGUGAUGAGGAGAAGGAGGAGGAUGAGGGGCCGCAGCUUGAUGCUUGGGAUAUCAAGUAUGGGCGGAGACAGGAGGAAUUGAUACCCCAGGCUGUGGAGUCGGGCCUACCCAGGUUUUCUGCUCUCGGCGAGGAUGCUGCUGCCACGAUUCCACCGUUCUUGGCCGUCGAGGUGGAUGAGCUUCCUCGGGGCAGUGACAUUGAGUGGCAGGGCUUGGGGAGUCAGUGUCAGCAGGUCACUCUGGAGAGCAGAGAAGAUGGCGUCUCGACCGUUGCGGAUGAACAAUACAGCUAUCGCUGUAUUGAGCUGGAUGUUAAAACAUCCGAGGGGUCUUUGGUAGAGAGGCUUCGUUCAUUGAUCAACUCCCUGUGUCAGGACCCGCAAUUAACUCAGGCUGUAUUAUACACCACGCAGCCCGUACCAGAGGAUCUCUGGCCAGGUCAGAUCGUUCCAUGUCGAUCUGUUUGGGGACGAGAAGGGCGACUAUUGACUGGUGGUGUGAUCCUACAGAAGGAGUAUGGCUUGGACGAGUAA